UUUCCUCGCAGCAGGACCACCGAUGCACGAUCACCACUGCCACCAAACCUGGUCAACGUCAACGUCAAGCACCACCACCACCACGUCGACCCAAAGUAUCUCGAGGCCCCGACAGUUCUCUUUGUUUGUCGAAGCCGCGACGAUUCUACAUGCGAUGAACAAGGACUCGUCGUCGAUGACAUGCUUUCCCAAACUGUACACGAUCCCUCGGCAAGCGCCGUGGCCUCUCCACCUCCAAGGCGUGAAACUCAACACGGCCCAAGUUCGCAUGCAUUACAAGAACAAUAACCUCCACCCUGACACGAAGCGCGCUCUUGAGGCCAUCAACUUUGUGUUUGACGUGAACCAAGUCAAAUGGGAGCAAAAGAUCGCAGCGCUGCGCCUGUACAAGCAGCUGCAUGGAGGCGACUUGUGUGUGCCCCAAGACUUUCGCAUCCCGACAGACGACUCCCGGUGGCCGCGCGACCUGUGGGGCAUGCGGUUGGGGCUAGCUGUCCGAAGCAUCCGGCAAAAGACGCCGCCGACGUCCGACCGCUUCCGCCAGCUGUCUGCCAUGGGGUUUGUCUGGAACGUCCUCGACAUGGGCUGGGAAACCAAACGCGUAGCGCUUGCCACGUACAAACACUUGUACGGGGAUUUACUCGUCGCGUACAACUUUACCGUGCCGAGCCAGGAUAACCAGUGGCCACGAGACACGUGGAACCUUAAGCUAGGCCACGCCGUACACAACAUCCGUCAGAACGGCCGCGACAUGUCUUCAGAUCGAUUGGACCAGCUGGCGGCGCUCGGGUUUGUAUGGGACCAUUUGGAGUCGACUUGGGACGUGAAAGUAACUGCAUUGCAAUUUUACAAGCUCGUACACGGGCACACUGCGGUGCCGUACGGAUUUAUUGUACCAGGACAGGGGGCAGAGCCGUCGUGGCCUCGGGAGACGUGGGGCAUGAAGCUAGGCCAUGCAGUCCACAACAUGCGACAGAGCGUCGACGACAUGCCUGCCGCCCGGAGGAUGAUGCUCAAUUCACUGGGAUUUCACUGGCAGUCGGCGCCCCUCACGUGGGACGUCAAGCUCCGCGCGUUGCAGGUGUAUCGGGAUCUCCACGGCCACCUGAACAUUCCACCGGAUUUUCGCGUGCCGGCGACGUCGGAUGCCCAGCCGUGGCCGAAUAAGUGCUGGCACGUCCGACUGGCGGACGUGUCGGACGAGUUGCGGCUCCGAGCCGACGCCAUGCAUGAAACUCAAGUGGCGGCGCUCAACGACCUAGGGUUUCAGUGGCAAAAGCCCACUGCUGUGGUUGACGUCGUUGUAGAGCAACACGACGAGGAUGUCUGUGGUGUCGAGUCCAUUUCGAUCUGCGACGGAUUCCCUCUGCUGAAACGCCGACGGGUCGAGGCUAGGGCACAAGUGGUCAUGUCAGUCGUGUCACUGUGACUUGGUCAACCAGUGUUGCUGUAUGUGAAGGAGUCAAGUUGACAUUAUUUUUUAAAUACGCACGGUUGUUUGAGUUACGUUUGAAC